AUGGAAGGAAUUAAAUGGUUACUGCGCAACUGUAUGGUGGGAAUCUCUUCUGGAGGAAUUCUGGGUGAUGAAAUGGGAUUAGGAAAAACCAUUCAAGCAGCUAUUGCCGUUCUAUGCUGCGACGAGGACUAUCCUAGUUUAAUUGUCACUCCUAAGAGUUUAAUGCUCAAUUGGAAAAUGGAAAUCCAAAAAUUCAUUCCAGCUGAUUCUGUGAAUGUUGUCUUAUUCAGCCCAACAUCUUCAACGCACGAUCAAGUGAUUGAACACAUUACAUCUGCAAGUAACUCAAAAACGCUAGUAAUAACCUCUUAUCCCAUUAUUCGCAAUGAACUCACUAAGAAUCGUUCACUAUUAUCUAUUCACUUUUCGUGUUGUGUGCUAGACGAGGGGCAUUUCAUUCGGAAUCAUACUUCACAACUUCAUCAAGCGAUUUGUAAAGUUCAAGCUAAUCAUCGAAUUGUCCUCUCGGGAACACCGAUCCAGAAUUGUUUGGAAGAUAUUUACGCCAUUUUCCAGUUUAUUGCCCCAAGCUAUUUUGGGGAGUACGAUCAUUUCUAUGAUUAUUACAUUAAACCGAUCGCACAGGCAUACCACAGAAAGAACCGGACACUAACAACGCGCGCGAAUGAACGAAUCGAAGCGCUAAAUCAGGCAGUUCGUCCCUUCUUGCUAAGGCGAACAAAGGAUGAUGUGCAUCUAGAAUUACCGGAGAAAAUCAUCUCUGAUGUUUUGUGUCCUAUGACAGAAUGUCAGGACUCUGUGUACGGAUUAUACUUAUAUAUAUUUAUAUAA